UAAUUUUCUUGCUUGUCCAAACAGGAUCUAAUUCGUUCCCACGUCUUCACGCAAUACAUAAGUAGUAGUAAUACAUUUGGAGGCGGACCGUGAAAAGCAUCAAUGGCGAACGAGGAAAAGCCGCUUAGGAAAAUGGCGGAAGCCUUUAAAGAGCUAGCCAACACUUUAAAUUGUCAAACCCUAAAUGAAUCUGCUCAUCUGGAAGUUGCCCCUUUCUCUCGCGCUUGCACUUUGGUUUCCCCUCUCUUUCGAUGCCUAGGCUUCGCCUUCAAGUUUGCCGAGAUCGAUUACGUUGCUAAGGUGGAUGAUCUAGCAGAGGCAUCAAAGUCUAUUACAACGUUGCACACGAUGAUGGAGCAAGAUGUUCAAGCAAACUGUGUGAGAAGGGCCGGUAGUCAUACAAGGAACUUGUUAAGAGUUAAGCGAGGGCUGGAUAUGGUUAAGGUUUUAUUCGAGCAGAUUAUAGCCACAGAGGUGACUUCCCUGAGGGAUCCAGCAUCAAAAGCAUAUACACAAGUGUUUGCUCCAUAUCAUGCAUGGGCAAUCAGGAAAGCCGUGUCUGCGGGAAUGUAUGCCCUUCCCACCCGGCAACAGCUGAUGAUCAAGCUUAAUGAAGAUGAAGACUCGGCAAGAACGCAGAUGCAAAAUUACGUUGCCGCGUGUGAUACAGUCAUCACGUACAUUGACAAACUCUUCAUCUCAAGAGAUUUGGGUAUUGACUGGUGACCGUGAACUGGAUGACAAAACAUCCAUUCGUUUAUCGUAAUUCACCUCAAAUACUAUUUAUGUUAUGUAUAAUCAUGUGAAGCAUUUGCCAUUGGUCCCAAAUAUUUGCUGUAACUAACUUGUCUUUAAUAGCUAACAUGGAAAUGAAGAAAUGCUCUAGAGUCGAGGGUAUCUGCCAGCAACCGGUUCCAGGUUGAGGUUGACCUCAUCAUUUGAGGGAAAAAAAACGAAAAUAUGUACCGAGUAUAUAGAAUGACAAACUUAUUUACCAAUUCCAAUAGUUUUUGCCAUGUUAUAAAACCUGGAGGUCUCAGGUUCAUCUCA